AUGAGCUCCAUAGGCACCGGUUACGACUUGUCAGCAUCUCAGUUCUCCCCUGAUGGCAGGGUGUUUCAGGUUGAAUAUGCCCAGAAGGCUGUCGAAAAUAGCGGAACUGCAGUUGGUAUCCGAGGGAAGGAUGGAGUUGUGUUUGGCGUCGAGAAACUCAUCACCUCCAAACUGUAUGAAGCUGGCGAUAACAAGAGGAUCCUCAAUGUGGACAGGCAUGUCGGAGCUGCAGUUGCUGGUUUAAAUGCUGACGCCCGUCACUUAAUUGAGAGGGCGAGGUAUGAAGCAUCCAAUUACAGACAUAAUUAUGGAGAUUCCAUUCCACUCAAGCAUUUGACAGAACGAGUGUCUGGGUAUGUCCACGCCUACACUCUCUACAGCUCAGUCCGUCCGUUUGGAGUCAGCAUGAUCUUGGGAUCCAUAGAAGAGGAUGGGCCCCAGAUGUACCUUGUAGAGCCUUCAGGAGUCUCUUGGGGCUACCAUGGGUGUGCCAUAGGGAAAGCCAAGCAGAACGCAAAGACAGAAAUAGAGAAAUUAAAGAUGAAAGACAUGUCCAUUAAGGACCUGGUGAAGGAAGUUGCAAAAAUAAUUUAUGUUGUGCACGACGAGGUUAAAGACAAGUCCUUUGAGCUGGAGCUGAGUUGGGUUGGAGAAGUGACUGGAGGAAGACACGAACUUGUACCCCCAGAAGUUCUUCUAGAAGCUGAGAAAUAUGCAAAGGAAGCUUUGGAAGAAUCGGAUGAUUCAGAUGAUGAAGAUCUGUAG